AUGAUACAAGAAGAAGACAUUGACAAAGUCAUUUGUGACAAUAACGACAACAACAAUGACAAAUGUGAAGAAGAGGAAGACAAGCACCAAGCUGAAGAUGACAACAACAUCACAACAAACUCAAUAGAGUACAUGAUGUUGUAUAACAAGUACAAUAAUAAUAGACAUUCUCGUGAUGUUGUUGAACUUGAUCAUACACAGAUAGACAGUAUCCAAUCACAUUCACAUACAAACUAUACACCUGCUGCUACUCUGAAUGAAGUCAAUGGAGAAAAGAGACCAAGAACAUUCAUUCAAAAGAUAUUGUUCUAUCAAAGGUGGCUGUCUACAUUGAUGUUGGUGCUGUUGGUGUUGGCAACUGUGAAGAACAAGGAUAAUAGAAACAUUACAAUCAUGAUGAACAAUGCAAAGGACAGACUAAUGAAUCAUAAUAUGCGACUAAAUCAAAUGGUAGAAGAAUACAAUCAUUACAACAUGAUUGGUGAUGUAGAGAAUACCCUUCAAUCACUAUACUCACUCUUGAGAAUAGCUCCCUACGACUGCAGUGCACGAAUACGUAUCGCACAGAUACUCAAUCAAAAUCGAAACAGUACAAACAUAGUCAAGGCAGAAUCAAUGUAUAUCGAUGCAUUGAACUGUGAACGAUGGUUAAACAUUGGAUAUAUAACAGAGUUGUUGGAUUUCUACAUGUCACUGGAUCGAUACAACGAAGCAAUCUCAUUGUAUUAUCGUGCUAUAGCAAUGUUUGGUUUCGACAAUGAUCAACUGAGAAAGACAAGACUACCAAAUCUAGUCAAGCCAACACCAACAUCACCAACAGGGCAUAUGCAUGGUACUUUGGAC